CCGUUCUAGCACCGUCGUGGAUGUCGCAAGGGCGUUCGACGUCAAAAGCGAAGACGAGGUGGAUGAGAAGGAUGCGUCUCUAAACGGAAAAUAAUAUUCGUGCGAGUUACUAAUCUCCUCCAACACCAUCGUUUAUAGUUUUUUCCUUCUUACUCUGUCCGUCUAUCUAUUUCUCUAUCCAUCUAUAUCGGUUCGUCUACGUCGAGAGAGAGAAUACAACGACAAAGUAUCCAACAUUACCUUCUCUUCUUUUUAACGUCGUUUGUUCUUCGAUCGGACGACGGCAUAACGACGGGGUGGAUCCUUGGAUUGGUGAAGAUAACGGACUGAAUAAAAAAUCACCUUCGAUAAGGAAUAUUAAAUUACAAAAUGCCACCUGUUAAGAGGGAAGCACCGUCAGAACCGGCGCCAGCAGCAGCUACCUCGGAAAAUGUGGAAACGCAAGAGGAAACGUCGAACCUUCCGCAAUUGACGUUGAAGGCGAUGACGAGUACCGAGGAGGCAGUAAGAAGCGAGACAGAAUCGGAAGUCACGACGGAAAGUACGAUGAAAAAUUUGAAGGAUCAACUAGGAACAUUAUCGAAAGAUUUGGCCGAAGAAAUGGGUAUACCAACGUGGGGCUUAGUCGCGAUUUUAAUAGCCGUCGGCGUAGUCGUCCUUGGAAUUUGUUUCUGCUGUAUAAGAAGAUGCUGUCGCAAGAGACGUUCCAAGGAUGGCAAAAAGGGCCUAAAAGGAGCGGUGGAUCUGAAAUCGGUUCAAUUACUUGGAAGUACGUAUAAGGAUAAGGUACAGCCGGAUAUGGAAGGACUCACGGAUAAUGCAGAAGAGCCCGACGAGGCUGAAAGCAAACAGAGCGAAGUCAAACUAGGAAAGCUUCAAUACAAGCUCGAGUAUGACUUCAAUUCAAACAGUUUGGCAGUGACGGUGAUACAGGCCGAAGAAUUGCCAGCUUUAGACAUGGGUGGCACUUCGGAUCCUUACGUAAAGGUAUACUUGUUGCCCGAUAAGAAAAAGAAAUUCGAAACGAAGGUCCACAGAAAGACGCUGAGCCCUGUAUUCGAGGAGACGUUUGUUUUUAAGAAUGUACCUUACGCGGAGGCCAUGAACAAGACACUGGUAUUCGCGAUCUUCGACUUUGAUAGAUUCUCGAAGCACGAUCAAAUCGGUGAGGUUAAAGUACCGUUGUGUCAGGUCGAUCUCGCACAGACCAUCGAGGAAUGGCGAGAAUUGCAGAGCGUCGAAGGAGAGGGAGGACAGGACAACAAAUUGGGUGAUAUUUGUUUCUCCCUGAGAUAUGUACCAACGGCUGGUAAACUCACGGUGGUCAUUCUCGAAGCUAAGAAUCUAAAGAAAAUGGACGUUGGUGGUCUCUCGGAUCCUUACGUCAAGAUCGCACUCAUGCAAAAUGGCAAGAGGCUCAAGAAGAAAAAGACAUCCAUAAAGAAGUGCACUCUUAAUCCCUAUUACAACGAAUCGUUCACCUUUGAAGUUCCCUUCGAGCAGAUCCAAAAAGUGCAAUUGGUCGUAACAGUGGUGGAUUAUGAUCGCAUUGGUACUUCGGAACCGAUCGGCAAAGUUGUAUUGGGAUACAACGCGAGUGGAACGGAAUUGAGACAUUGGUCGGAUAUGUUGGCAUCUCCGAGGCGUCCAAUCGCUCAAUGGCACACACUCAAGGAUCCCGAGGACGGAGAUAAGAAGGAUUAAAUUGGUUAAAUGAAUAUUCAAUCGAGGUAACGUCCUUCCUCUGCUACACCUAACCAAAAAAUACUUUCUAUAAGAUGGAUUCAAGAGAUAUAGACGGCGCCUAUAUGCAUACCACAUCCACAUUAUAAUUUCUUUCGAGACGAGAUCCAAGAAAGCGUCGAGAGAAGCGAGAACUCUGAGUGUCGAUAGAAUUCGUUGGCAAUAACUAAUCGUUUCUUUGCAGGAAUAUAUCUCACGAGAGAGAAAUAAUAAAAGGAAACAAAAAUGUGUGAAAGUGAAGAGAGAGAGAGAGAGAGAGAGAGAGAGAGAGAGAGAGAGAGAGAGAAAUUAUGCGGAGGAAAAUGAACGUGAUAAGGAGAGAGAGAGAGAGAUAGGAAGUAAGAAAAAAAAUACUUAGCAGAUAUUAAACGAUCUAUGAUUAAAUUAAAUAACGAUAAAUACCACCAAGAAUUUAGAAUUAACAAUAUGUUCUCAUGGAAUGUAGUGUCUUGUAUAUAUACAUGCAUACAUACAUACAUACAUAUAUCUACUAUUACUUCUCUCCGUAGAUGUAAAACACAUUUGAAUAAUAAUUUCCCGAAUGAAUAUGCGUUCUCUUCAUAUCUACGAGAAGCAUUUUGAAAAAGAAAAGGAAAAGACACACAAACAAACACAUAUGUGUAUAAAUUUGUUCAUGGCUAUAUAUAUAUAUAUAUAUAUAUAUAUAGGCACGCACACAUAUAUACACAUAUAUAUUUAUCAAGUUACUUCGAAUAGAGUUCUUUAUAAAGCUAAAAUAAGAAAGAUGAUAAGAAAAAAACUACUCUAAGAGCUCUUACGGUCCCUUUGACGUUUCAGCGCAGAUUUAAUAAGACUCUUUGUAAAGUAAUCGAUAUUGUUCAUGUUAAAUACGUUGGACUGAGAUAAGAAGACACAUAAAACAACAAACAUUAUAUACACGCAUAUGUACGUGUCACGAAUGGCGUGCACGUUGCGUAACCAAUGUGUGAACAUUUCUCGGGAGAGUAUAAAUAAAUCGUAAAAUAUAAUAAAAAGAACAAAAAGAAAAAAAGAGACAUAGCGAGCUUCGUGCGUAAAUAAGUAAAGUAAUUAAGUAAGUAACCACAAGAUAGUUGUGUUUUUCGUGUACAAAAUAACGAGAGAGAGAGAGAGAGAGAGAGAGAGAGAGAGAGAGCGAAAGUGCGAACGUGCGACGAGCGAACGAGCAAACGAGCGAAAGAGAGUGAGAGAAAGAGAGCGAGAGAGAGAUGAAUAAACAAAAUAUAAAAAAAUUAAAUUUAAAAGGAUUACAACGAAGCUUCCGUCGAUCUUUCGACGCAUUUAAUUCGCCACGUACCAUCGACGCCUAUGUGCAGAGAGAAAAGAGAAGGAAUACGUAAAAAGGAAAAGAAAGGAAGAGAUGAAAUGACGGCUUCCGGUUGUGGCAAAGAUUUUCGGAAAAAAAUGUUAAAAACACAAUGAAUUAGACAAAAGGAAAACAAAAAAAAUAAAAGGAUGGCUAUAUCCGUUACGAAGAAGACGCGUUAUCAAAGCAGACCGGAAGCGAAAGAGCUAUGGACAAAAAAAAGAAAGAGAGAAAAAAAAGGAAAACAUGACUUUAAAGAGACCUGGGGAUGACAUUUUUUCUAGCUUGCCAAAAUCGAAGGCACAUAAGAGUUGUUUCACGCGAAGGGCUCGUGAAAAGGUUUCCUCCAUUGAAGAAAAGUCUGCUUUGAUGAAUGUCUUCCAGACUUCGUAAAGAGGACUCGACGACGCAUAUAUACAUAUAUAUAUAUAUAUAUAUAUAUAUAUAUACAUAUAUAUAUAUAUAUAUAUAUAUAUAUAUAUAUAUACAUACACGUAUACAUAUAUGCAUAUGUAUAUAUACACAUACCUACAUAGAUAUACGUAUAAGUAGCACACGCGCUCGCUCGUUCGCUCGCACAUACGCAUACACAUAUGUGAUAAGACUUACGAUUUUCUUUUAUCUGUAUUUUACGCGUAUGAAACGAAUGAGAAAUAAUUACAGAAAAAGAAAAUAGCGUAAGUCAUUUCUAUGUCGUAUACACGUGUAACGCGAACGUGAGCGCGCAUACGUAUACGUACAUACGAGUGUAUAUUACGUGUAUACACGCACACAUAUACACACACGCGCACACACACAAACACACACAGAGAGAGAGAUAUAAAUACCACAAGUUACAUCCGCAGAUAUUGUUAUAAUUGUUUUACAAAAGACAAGAAAUUAUGAACGGGCCUAUCCUAUUGUACGUACGUGCUUGUUAGACACAUUUCGGCCAACAAAUUAUCUCGAUUGAACGCGGACUUGAAAUCAACGAGGAAGAUAAAAUGGCGAAGAUAAUAAAAAAAUAAUCGAGCGUUUAAAGGAAGAUCAGUGAGCGUGGAGAAAAAAUGGAUAAUAAAAAGAAGAAACGCGGCGGGGAGAGAGAGAGAGAGAGAGAGAGAGAGAGAGAGAGACGGAAUACAAGCUACAUUCUACGCAUUAAAAAACAUUUUGAAAUAUUUUACGAAGGCAGAAUCGUAUCGCCGUUUUAAAUGAUCGUAAUAAAAUCUUACGGAAGAGAAGGAAUGAAAAGGGAGUGAGGAAAAUGAGAUAGGAAGAAAAUAAGAAAGUGUCCGACAUAUGUUAUCGGAAUGUCGCAACUUCUCGACUCUCCAUAAAGAAAAUUAAGACAAAACCGUCGUUUGGUUCUAUCGUUUUCCAUUCAGGACCAAUUAUCUCGCUAGCGCGUUCCAGAUGAAAUUACUAUUAUUAUGCAGCAUUGUACUUAAAUGAAAAAGAAAAAAAAGAAUCUUUAAGGCGAGUUCGUAAGUAUAACUGUUAAAAAGUGUCGUGGGUUGGACGAUGACAUCGAUGAAACAAAGACGAGAAGAAAGAAAAAUAUCGAAUCGAAAGGUGGAACGAACGAACUCCUUGUCCAUUAAUUCUCGUUCAUUCGCUUCCUUCUAUCUUUUUCUUUCUCUUUCAUUCAAGCGAGGAUAGAACGACACUUUGCUAAGGUACUAUAACAAUAUAAGCGUUCGAUAUUUUGUUGAGACAUGGAGGAACAUAUGUACGUACUCGUUGCAUCUUUAAAAGUUAGAUUUUGGUAAUAUUCGAAAUCAUGAUAGGAGGCAUAGUGUGCGAUAUACAUAAGUCAGAAAUUGUGACUCACACGGCGACAGUUUAUUAUUAACUUCAUUACAGCCUUUUCUCCUCAUUUCGAAAAUUUCUGUCUCGACGAAAUUUCACAAUUGCGGUUUUUCCGCGUGCGUGCUUUUUAGUAAUACGUGACGUAACGUCUUUCUUGCGACAGAAAUAUUUAAUGAAGGGGAGAGAGAGAGAGAGAGAGAGAGGGAGAGAAAGCGAUUUUAAAUAAAAGCGUACGCACCGGUUACCCCUAUAAUUCACGAUGGUGGCGUAGACACAUUAGCUAUGCAAUAAACGGCCGCCUUUCGUUCCUUUCGAAAUGAUUUCCGCGCAUUCGCGUUGCGUGUUCGCCACGUUAUCGCAACCGAUAAUGAUGCUGGUAAUGGUUCAUCAAUGUCAUCGGCCACGUCUUUUCGCGACGCUAAUUCAAAUAUUUAAUUGAAUAUUAGAGCGAUGAGAUAAAAUUAGGGCGAUGAGAAUAAAAAAUGAAAAAAAGAGCACGCGUGAAGUUUGUUGGUUUUGUGGUUAGUUUUCGCGAGGGAGGAAAACUGUCCAUUUUUUACAGUAGAUCCUGUGCGUUCUUUACAUAUAAGAUAGGAGGAUGCUUGUUUCUUGUUGUAUAAUAUAUAAAAAAAAAAAAAAAACCUACAAAAACAACAAAAAAAGCAACUUUCCUGCGUUUUAAGGGGCCGAUGCUUGAUUUCGUCCGCAGGAUCUACUUCUCUUUUUCGACGUAGACACUCGCAGACUUUAGAUCUCCAUUUAAGAAACAGAACAAGUGAGAAAAACAGAAAGGAAGAAAGAGAAGAAAGAUAAAGAAGUACGUCUUGGAAGGAAGGAGAAGGAAAAGGAAAUGGUGAUCCUGACGACAAGCAUCUUUCUGAAGCGUCCCAUCUGAAAAGAAAAAUAAUAUAUAAAUAUAGAUAUAUAUCCCCAGACGCAUAUAUAUCUCCUUCGAAGUAACGUGGACUUUUAGGAGAGAAAGGAAAUGAGAAAGAAUGGAAAGGAGCGAGAGGGAAGCAGUUGAAACUCGUAUAUUUGAUUGUCUCGUCCAAAUGAAAUCUAUAAAGGAAAAAAAAAAAAAAGAAAAAAAAGAAAAAAAAAGAAAAAAAUGAAAGGUAGAGAUGGAAGAAGGGAGUGGUGAGGAGAGGAGAAGAAAGGCAAAGAGAAAGAAAUUCAUAAAUGCAGUCAGCUUGAAACGAGGAUUGUAUCGGGAACUUGUAAUCAUUCCAUUGCAUAUUAUACAUAUUAAGGUUUAGUGCGACAAUGUACUGUAAAUCCAUAGAAGUUAUUAUUAUGUCCUUAAUUAUUAUGUAAUAAAUAUUGUUGUUAACAUAAAA